GCCAAUCUUGAGCCAGCAAAAGAUGACCUCCUGUUCGAGGACGCCGACGUUGUGAUCGACACGGCGCGUAGACUGUUCGCUAUGGCGUAUGAGCGACAAUCGACUGGAGCUCAGUUAUUGCGUCCAGAAACUGCCGAUAUGCCUAGGCAGCAGUUGCAGCAAGAUCUGGAUAAAUCUGCCAGCAAUAUCCCAGACCGAACGUCUCCUGGACAGGCACAACCCGAAGACCUUGGUGCAUUCGCCGAUCUGGAGAGUGGGAAUGGAGUUCAUGACCCUGCCAGCUCAAUGGACUGCAACGAGGAGCUGCCCACUAGUAGUACCUAUAGGUCGAACAUGUAUGGCUGCGACGAGGAAGACCUUGGAGUGCUAGACCAACGUACUUCUACGAGUCACAGUGGAGCCGACUUUGCAGAACUGCGGCGCUUAAAGGACGAUGUGACGGUAAACAAUCCUUGGAUUGCAGCCAAGCUGAACGCGUCUGUACGACCACUCCCAACGCCUCGGCCUUCCUCUCCAUCUCCUGCGCACAAUGAUGGAUUCAAUCCUUCGGAUCAUGUCCCAGACAUCCGUCUGGCGCGAGAUGGCAGAGUGAUCGGCUCGUCAGCGCUCGCGCGACCAGAGCCGUAUACUCCGAUGUCUUCGGCUAGCACAUACAGACAUCCGGAGUACAACUACGCUCCGACCUCUGACAAUUCUAGAGGAACCCCGCUCGAAGCGAUUCCCGACAUUAGCUCGAAACCUCGUCGUAACCCACGCAGGGGUCCGUACCAAGGCCAAACGAACAGGCCAUUCGUAUCUCCAAUGACGGAUCAGUCUUCACGAGAGAAGGUAUGGUUUGACCACUUGCAAGGCGCCGACCGGCCGCGUGCUCCAUCGACAAAACGACGAAAGAACGCGUUCAAUGAUCACGGCGGCCUUGUAGUACAAGGGGAACUGGGCGAUUUGGUCGAGGACCCGAGACCAAUGACACCACCCCUACGGAACCGCGACAUCCGAGACUUCGUCGGCAGGGAGGAGGAUGCCUCAGUUGGGUCGAUGAUAGCGCACGACAAUCGCACUCGAGCGGAAUCUGCUCUUCGCGUCCCCAGAUCGGAGCGUGAGGUGCUUGACUUGAGUGGAGAUGAUGCAGCUGACGGAAGACCUCAUCAAACGCUAGACUUCGUUCCCGCAAGCGAGAUUUUGGGUCUGAGCGAGCGAAUGGGCUCACAGGACCAGAUGUUCAAGCGCGUGCUCAAGCGGCGCAAGACCAGUGAGAAGAGAGCGCUACAGGAAGUCGAUCUCAAUGCUGUGUCGCAUGAGCCUUCGAAAGAUCGCACAACAUUCGAUGAAGAAGAAUACCAGCCAGCAGCCGGCAAGCGUACGCGAUCCAGACGAAAGAGCUCCAGUAAACUUGGUCGUACCAAGUCUUCGAAGCUUCCACUCGAACGCAUACCUCCCGGGAAGGGUACACAUGAUCUGGCAGUCACUUGUUCCACAUCAUCGCAGAACAUCUCUCGCAUGACAGAGAAACCUCAUAUCGCGAAUGCACUGCUUGGGUUCAACGAGCCUGCUCUCCCAAUGGCUGACGGCAUGGACUCUGCAUCAUCUCAUCUACUGUCCCUUGCAGCCAAUCUACAUGGCCUGCUCGUGAGCGCUGGAGGUGAUGUCGACAGUCCAGGACCUGCAGCAUUGCUUUCAGAAGUAAAGGCGGCCUUUGCCGAAAGGAGGGAAGUGCACGAGGACGAGAUGUUGAUGCCGUCUGGUACAUGAUAUAAGGUAUCGUCCGUUCCGCAUUCGCACGAUACUUUGCUUGCUAUGGCGUUUCUUGACUUUUAGCGACGGCGUUGCUUCAUGGUGGCGGACGAUGGCACCCAGAGUCGCUUUGUGAAUUCUCUAAUGUUCAUACC